AUGAAGAUCUGUGUGUUCCGGCUGCAGACUCAUCAAUGGUGCUUCCUGUUGUGCAACGUCAUCUUGUUUCACGCGCUGCUGUUUGGCGGCGACAUAGUGGAAGAGUUUCUCCUGCAGUCGUCUCCCGCCGCUUACACCGACCGCUUUGUCCUGGAGGUCCGGGAGCGUGCACGUAAACUGGACCUGACUGAGACCAGGCUCAACACCUCACAGCUCUACCCCAUUAACAGCGAACCCUGCCUACAUCAUCAGGACCUCCUCAUCCUCACGCUGGUCCUGAGUUCCCCAGGAAACUCGAGCCAGAGGGAGGCGGUGCGAAACUCCUGGGCCAAUCAGACGUCGGUGCACAGUGUUGCCGUGCGGACUUUGUUUUUCCUUGGCUCCUCCCAUUUCGGGGCGGAGCUUGAGAUGAUGAGGGAGGAGUCUGCGCGCUACGCCCGAUUUAUCGUCCUUUCUGAGGAUUCUGUGUAUUUAAACCUUCCUGCGCUUACAUCAUACCUGCUAGGACUGAGAACGCACCCUGAUGACCUUUACCUAGGCAGGGUCAUCCAUCGGGCCGCACCUGAGCGGGACCCCGACAAACCGCAUUACCUGCCCUAUCAGGUGUACCCUGAGAAGUACCUUCCAGACUACUGCUCUGGCCCCGCCUUUCUUCUGUCUCAAGACGUUGUGAGAAAAGUUUACGUCGCCGCUGAGGAUGUAUCGUUGCCCCUCCCCUCCGACGUCCUGAUUGGCCUGUGUGCAAGACGGGCAGGUGUGGUGGCCACUCACAGCGCUCGGUUUUCUGGCGACCGACACAUCCGCUAUAACCCCUGCUGCUACAACUUCCUAUUCAGCUCUGCUGGGAUGGGGGUGGGGAUGGUGGGCGUGGCCUGGCGGGAUUUAGGGGCGGGGAAGGGGAGGAGCUGUGGCAUGCUGGAGACUUAUUACAGUUUGGUAGUGUGCAAAGCAAUGACAUACCUGGAUCAACUUUCUUUUCUGAAUAAUGACAAAUCACAGGGCUAG